AUGACUCCCAGCUUCGCUUCCUUUCCUCCCUCUCCUAACCCCACCUCUUCCUUCCCUGCCCCACCCCUCUGCCAACAACGGCUUCAGCACCACAGAGCGUGGACAGCUCCUGAGGGGCGGAAACAGGGCAGCAAGGACCGACAACACACCCACCCCGGCUACCCGCUACCACCCAAAGGAUCCGGCCGGGCGUCCGCUCCCUCUUUCCAGCCUCCGCUUCUGAAUUUCCACCUGCAAUCCCGUCUUCCCGUCGAUCCGCCCAGCCAACAAUACCCUUGCCUCUUUUGUUUUUUCCUGCGGGGAAGCGGUGGAGGCAAAAUCGGUUCCACAAUGAAUGCAGCACGAAGAUCAGCCAGGGUGGAUUCAGAGGUGACAGAGUCCGAGAUGGAGCCGUCCCUCAAUGCCACUGAGAUGCCCUCUAAGGAGAAUGUUUUUUCUGACAUGAAGGACAAAUUCAUGAACAAACUGGGAACAUUACCAAUACCACCUUGGGCUUUAGCCACCAUUAUCAUUGUCGCUGGCCUCCUGCUUCUCUGCUGCUGCUUUUGUGCCUGUAAAAAAUGCUUUGGCAAGAAGAAGAAAGGGAAGAAAGGGAAGGACAAAGUGAAGGCACAGAUCAAUAUGAAGGAAGUGAAGGAGCUAGGCAAGAGUUACAUCGAUAAGGUUCAGCCUGAGGUAGAAGAUUUGGAUCCCUCACUGUUGCAGGAACCCAAAGAAGAGAAACCCCAGGAGAAGCUGGGGAAACUCCAGUACUCUCUUGACUAUGACUUCCAGAGCACACAGCUGGUGGUGGGCAUUAUACAAGCCGCUGACCUCCCAGCACUGGAUAUUGGGGGCACAUCUGACCCUUAUGUCAAAGUCUUCCUGCUUCCAGAGAAAAAGAAAAAAUAUGAGACCAAAGUUCACCGCAAAACCCUCAACCCUACGUUCAAUGAGUCCUUCACUUUUAAGGUACCUUACUCAGAACUGGGCGGUAAGACCCUCGUCAUGUCUGUUUAUGACUUUGACCGUUUCUCCAAACACGAUGCCAUCGGCGAGAUCCGUAUCCCCAUGAACACUGUAGACCUGGCACAUGUGAUCGAGGAGUGGCGGGACCUCCAGUCCGCAGAGAAAGAAGAGCACGAGAAGCUGGGAGACGUGUGUUUUUCACUCCGGUAUGUCCCGACAGCAGGGAAGCUGACUGUUAUUGUGCUGGAAGCCAAAAACCUCAAAAAGAUGGAUGUGGGUGGCCUUUCAGAUCCCUAUGUUAAAAUCCAUCUGAUGCAGGGAGGUAAACGUAUCAAGAAGAAGAAAACAACCAUAAAGAAAAAUACACUGAAUCCUUAUUACAACGAGUCCUUCAGUUUCGAGGUGCCUUUUGAACAAAUCCAGAAAGUCCAGGUUGUUCUGACCGUCCUGGAUUAUGACAAACUAGGCAAGAAUGAAGCCAUUGGGAAAGUUUUUGUGGGCUGUAAUGCCACAGGUGCCGAGCUUCGUCACUGGUCUGACAUGCUGGCCAACCCUCGGAGACCAAUCGCCCAGUGGCACACCCUGCAACCGGAAGAAGAAGUGGAUGCGGCUCUUGGCAUAAAGACCUCUUGAUGCCCCUGUCCUGUUGGCCGAAUUACACGGCAAACCGUUCUGUCUCCCGUCCAGAGCGAAUGGGAGUGUGUGGGUGAGGCACCCCUGAAAAUGCGUGUGUGUGGAGGGGAUAGCCUGUGAGCCUCUCUCUUCUCUCAGAGCCAUUUGCUGUUGAAAAACAAAAACAUCUCCAAGAGAAAAAAAACCCUCUGUUUUUAAUCCACUGUGUGAAAAACGAAAGAAGCUUAUUUAGUAGCUGGAGAUAGGUGAGAGGUUUACUACAGGUUUGCUGUGAGGCUUACAGUACAACUUGUGUAGGUUUAUAUUCAGAUUUGAAUUCUGUGUUUCAAAAUUGACCCUAAUGUAUAGAUGGGCUUGCUUCUUGAUAAAAAAACAGUCCUUAAAUUACUGGAUCUUGUGUUACAUCACUAUGCCACAUUGGGAGAACAGGCCUCAGAUAAACCUACUGUUUAUCCCUUUUUACCUUUGGUGAUACUAUAGAUUUGUUAUAGAUACCUUUAAAAUAUACCAUUUCAUAUACAUUUUGGAUACUGUAUUGUGGUGCCAUGUUCAAAAACUAGACCUCAUGUGGAAAAUCUGUUGUGAACAAUAUCUACAAUGUGUUGACAAUAGGUUUAGUAAACAGUUGCAACAAACUCUGUUCCCUUAUUACAUUACCUAGGCACUUUUGGAUAUUGUUGUUGUAAUAAUGCAUUAGAAAGCAAGGUCUUAGGUGAAAACAUUCUGGAAGAAGUGAAAACAUACCAGCUGAAAUCUUGUUGCUUAUUAUAGUAAGUCACAACUAGAACAAGCCCCUUGAAUCAACAGAAUCUAUGGAGGAGCUGACGUACCGAAUCCCCACUGAUUCAGUGGGCCUAGUCCAGUUUUGACUUAUUACACUAAGCAACAAGAUUUCAGUCAGUGAGAAAAUAGGUUUUAUACAACUUGAUAACAUUAUAACUCAGGUUGAAAUCUAUAGACAUUUACCUAGAAGUAAACCCAUUUAAUUCAAUGACAAUUACCUUUGAGUAAGCAUGUAUAGAAUUGCACUGUAAAACAGUUUUACAGUUUUAAUCCUCGUACUAGGAAAUAUUUAAAAUUAGGGCCUUUUUAGUAUCCAAAACUAGCAGCAUAAAAUGUAGGUUGAUAAUAACAUUGCAAAAUAUGUUGUGUUUGCUUCAUACAUAAAACCCUAGUAAAUGUGUUGUACUAUAUCCUAAUUAUGUUAUUACAAAAUAGUCACAUAUUUAUCAGAUAGAAAACAAGCCAUCAUUUGCCGAACUGUUAUGGGUAUGGUUAGCUGCUAAACUUAACUUUAGAAUAUACUUGCAAUUGCUAGAUUACUAUGGUUUUCUGGAUGUUGAUCUUGGCAGAGUCGAGUGCUAAGCCUCCAUCAGCCAAUGCAUUAAACUGUUUGUAUCUAGUUUAUCCUACUUGACAUUGAUAUAAUUUGGAAUUUUAUAACUGUUUUAACAUAGCCAAUGUUGCAAUUGCUUUACAACAUAUUUAUGAAAUAUUUAUAUGGGUAUUACAGAAAAUUUACAAUAAGCUUUAUGUAGACUGGUUGACUACAAAUUUACUACAGUGUUUUACUACCCAACUUGUAAUAAUUUUACUAUGUAAAAACAUGUUUACAUUUUUGCUACAAGCUUAAGAUUUGUUUAUUAUACAACUGCAACGGGUUCAAUGUUUGCUCGCAAGCAAUUUGACAUGUUUUGUAAAUGACAAAAUCAAGAUGUUUACUCAGCAAUUUGCAAGUAGUUUACAGUGGUUUUACAUAGGCUAAAACAUGUUUACAAUACCUUUGCUAUGACAAUGUUACAAAUUCAAUUGGGUUUACAUCAAUUAUUUUGUAAUUUUAUGAAUAAUCCUGGAAGAUCCAGUUGAGUUAGGUAAGUUAUUCAGCAAGGAAAUGUACACCUGGGAGUACAUUUAUUUUAAAUAACUGCCAGCCUUUUUCAACAGAGAUGAAAUUAAGCCUCAACUACUAAGAUGAAAAAUAAUUUUUAGAAGUUAAUAAUUUGAAUUUAUUAUCUCAAACUCAAAAAUUUGUGUUCAGUUCUCAAAAAAUCAAACCUAAAUUCUGGGCAAAAUUCUGCAAAAUUCUUUUAUCUCCCCUAGAUAUGAGUUCUGAUAGUGAACAUAGAGAAUGACCUUCUCAAUUUUUAUGACAUGUUAGUUUAGGAUGCACCCCCACAAAAUAUAAUCUUUUAAAAGGAGUGUCAUUUUUUCCAGUAUUUCAAGAGGGAGAAAUCAGAUUUGAUAUUAAUAUCAGGAAUUUUUGUGGACUUUUAAAAAAAAACCCAAAUAGUUUCUGUUCUUAUUUAUAAUAUAUUUAGUGUAUAAUAUGUAUCCAAGUAAUUUUGAGGUUCACCUAGGUGUUGAAUCAAAAGAAUGCAAAGAAAAACAUUUUUAGGUUGUAGAUAUAGUUCCAAAUACAGCAGAUGAAGUUAAGUUUUCAAAAGAAGGCACCAUCCAUAUUUGGAAGAUGAAAACAAUUAUUUUAAUAGGCACGCUCAUCUCUGAUCAUACCAUUUUAUUGAUGAUAUCAGCAAGAAGACUAAAGGUAGAAUAUUAUUGAUUUCUAUGUGCAUUUGCAUCUUCCCAGACCACAUGAUGCCUAUAGAAUUAUAUUUCUACGAUAAUAAUAGCAGCAGACAGAGA